UUUUCACAGUAAUGCGUGAACUGAGUCAGACUGCGUGCCACUGAAUGGCGCUGAAAGCCAUGCUAACAAAAAAUAUAUUGAGUGUCAUCCCCCAGCUCCGUCCUUUAGGUCCAUGAUUGUCCAUGAUACUGACAUUACUGACUGUUACUGACUGGUAAUUGGGCACUGGCAGCAACCAUGUAUAUGGUUUCCCUCGAUAAUUGUUGAGAGAAUAUUAUAUAUGGAGUAAACUAAUUAUUCGAAACGAUUGAAAGAUCUUCAAAGUCUUUGUUCAAAGCUACGUUUUCGUACGAUACUUAAAAAGAGAGGAGAAGAAAACAACGAAGAUGGCUGGCAACGAGUUGUUGUUACAGGCACAACAAAUGCCACCUUUGAUGAAUAUGGUCCCAAACAGUGGCCUUGGAGUACCUGGGAUAGAUCCUCCAAAGACAUUACCCAGCUUGCUUAGCUUGAAAGUAAGCCCACCGAGCGAAUUACAAAACCCAAGUAUACCAGGUGAUAAUGGUCCAGAUGGUGACACUGAGGCUGUAAAACUGCCAGCAGCUUUGGAACAAGUUCUGGCAUUUAAAAAUGAAAGGGCCAAGGAAGUAGGAGGAGAUCCAAAUGACUUAGUCUCGUUAGGGAAGUUGUCUAAUCAUGAGACUGUAGGAGAAGAUGUGACAUCAAUGGAAGACGUUAUACUUGAACCUGAAACAGCAACAGAGAAAAUGGACACAAAAACGACCAAGGCUAAAAAGAAGAAGAAGAAAAAAAGAAAGAAGCACAAUGCGGGCAAAGAGGCAGAAAGCAAGAAAGAAAAUGCGGAGAAUUCAAAACAGAAAGAGGAUUUACCUGAGAUCGAAUAUAUUCAGGAGAUCCCUAGCAUUAACGAUUUAGAACCGAUGUAUCGCCAAUUCGCCAGAAUUUUCGAGGCAUUCAAGCUGACAGAACCAGAACCGAAAUCGGCAGAAGCCGAAAAGGGAGAACCGAUCGGACAGUAUCCACCAGUGGCGACGCUGCAAACGGCAGGAACGGUACCUAGUAAAGUGCCACCACUGGACGAUUUUGACGACGACGCGAAUCAACAGCAACAGCAACAGGGAACAGGCGAGAACGGUGCUCCGCGGUUGUCGAAACGAAAAUUGAAGAGGCUCACGCGUUUAAGCGUCGCGGAAUUGAAACAGCUGGUAGGACGUCCCGACGUUGUGGAGAUGCAUGACGUCACCGCGCGAGAUCCGAAGCUGCUUGUACAAUUGAAAGCUCAUCGUAACACGGUGCCCGUACCGAGGCAUUGGUGCUUCAAGAGGAAGUAUCUACAAGGAAAACGCGGAAUCGAGAAGCCUCCCUUCGAUCUACCAGAUUUCAUUAAGCGUACAGGCAUCACGGAGAUGAGAGCGAGCCUCCAGGAGCGGGACGACACACGCACGUUGAAGGCUAAGAUGCGAGAAAGGGCAAGGCCGAAGCUCGGCAAGAUAGACAUCGACUAUCAGAAACUGCACGAUGCGUUCUUUAAAUGGCAAACUAAACCUCGUAUGACUAUCCAUGGUGACUUGUAUUACGAGGGUAAAGAGUUUGAGACUCGAUUGAAGGAGAAGAAGCCCGGGGAAUUGUCCGACGAACUGCGCACGGCGCUCGGUAUGCCGGUAGGACCUAAUUGUCACAAAGUGCCACCACCGUGGUUAAUCGCUAUGCAACGUUACGGACCACCACCGAGUUACCCGAAUUUGAAGAUACCCGGUUUGAACGCGCCGAUUCCCGAGGGUUGCGCGUUCGGUUAUCACGCCGGCGGUUGGGGAAAACCACCUGUGGACGAAACGGGAAGACCGCUGUACGGGGACGUAUUCGGUAUAUCGCGUACUCCCGGAGGUGAUAACAUGGACGAGGAAAUCGAUAGAGGCAUGUGGGGCGAGCCCGAGUCCGAGUCCUCCGGAGAUGAGGAUGAGGACGAGGAUGCAGAAGAAGGCGGAGAAGGCGAGGGAGAAGGAAAGGACGGAGACGGAGACGCGAGUGGCCUGGUCACUCCUGGCGCUGAAGGUUUGAUAACGCCCAGCGGAAUCACGUCGAUUCCUGCGGGAUUAGAGACUCCGGAGACGAUAGAAUUGAGGAAGAAGAAAAUCGAAAGCGAAAUGGAAGGAGGAGACACCCCGGCUUUGUACACAGUUUUGCAAGAGAGGCGAACGGAUGGUCUUGGGGCGAGCAUGAUGGGCAGCACGCACGUGUACGAUAUGACCGGCGCUGCAGGAGGGCAAGCACCGCCGUCUGUAAUCGCUGCGAGGCGCGGAGCGAGCGGGACCACAUCCGAUGGAAGGACAGAGAAAGACGGUGCCGUUGAAUUAGCAUUAGAUCCCAGCGAACUUGAUCUAGAUUCCGAGGCGAUGGCAUCGCGGUAUGAAGAGACAAUGAGAUCGAGACAAGCACAUUUGAGGAGAGAGGACUUAUCCGACAUGCUUCAGGAUCACGUGCAACGACAAAAAAGUAAACGCAAACGGCAACAAGGACAAGAGUCGAAAACUUCGAAGAAAUACAAAGAGUUCAAGUUUUAAAUUGCCACGUUAUAAAAGUGAUCAUUUACCUGAAAGAUAUAAAAAUGAUAUAAUGUUAAUAAAUGUCUCGUGUAUCCACAAGUUUUUAACUAAUACACUACUAGUAUUAAUAUACUGUAUUGCUUCAUAAUUUUAUCAGGAGCACACAUCAAUUAAAAAAAGAAGGCCAUUAUUACGUCA